UUUGCCAGUAAGUUGGGUGUGGAGGUAUACCUUUAUUUUUAUUCGAACUGUUUUAUUUUCUGGCAGCCCUCUCAUUUCGCAGAACAGCUGAUUUGUAUUUGAGGUUAUACAACUCGUACAAAUUGGCCUUAUUAGCUGUGUGAAAUUCCAAGUUCUUUUUACUACAUUUCUGACUUUGAAAUGAAUAUUAAUACUUUUACACAAACCCUAAAUAUUCUAGGAGAGAGGUGGCUAGCACCCAAAUUUUUGGCACGCUCAUUUGCGAAGCCCGCAACUGCUGCACUUGGUGGAAAAAAGAAGAAACUUGGAAAGCUCGGUCCGAUUGUAGAAAAGAAAGAAAUUCCAGUUGAAACAGAUGCCAACAAAUUGGUUAACUAUGUUUGCGGCAGCAAUAUCUUAAAAACCGGCCAGGAUAUCAAGCUUAAACCUGAUUCGGAAUAUCCUGACUGGCUUUGGUCACUCAAUGUUGAUCGGAUUAUACCUGUGGAGGAAAUGGAUCCAGAAACGAAACAAUAUUGGCGACGCCUUCGGAAACAAGGUCUCCGACGAAAUAAUCAACUAAGUAAAUUAAAAAAGUUUUAGUCGCAAGUUAAUAACUGGGUCAUUUUGUUGUAAAAAGUUGAACCAGAAUUAAAAGUGUUAAGUUAUUUGUACUGGUAUUAGGUAAACUUUAGCGAAAAAGCAAUAUUCGAUUGCGGUGAAUGUUUAAUAAACCUAAUGCUGAAAUAG